AAAAAAUUUGAUAAUGCCGUGUUUUUAUUUUAAUUUAUAACAAUAAGUGGGACUGGUUGUUUUGGUUAGGGUCUGGGCGCUUGGGGAACAUGGCUGCAACGAGCUGGAUGCGAUACCCAAACACACGUCGGUUUAACAGAGGCCGGUCUGCGAACAAAGAAGACGACAUCAGCAUCGACGUAAACAGCGAUUCUCGGCAAAAUGUAACGAACAUCCUGUCAGCGCUUUGCCAGACGUCGGGUAUUUCGGACGGAAAGCGCCUGAAUUACCUGAACGCGUUCGUUAAAGUCACGCUGCACAUUGAGGGCAACUUCGAGAGCAUUGGGUUUAGCAUGGGGGACGUUCUGUGCUGCUUGCGCAUAGCCCUUCUCCAUGAGUCGACUCAAGUCCGGUCGGGGGCUCUAAGGGCCAUUCGGCACGUCUUGCGCAACGAGGACGACAUUGCCCAGCUCAACAAACUCCUAAUUCCUUUUUUAAUAGCCAGAUCGUUGGACUUGUUGUUAAAGAAAGACGUUGAACGAAUUGAAGCGAUGAAACUCAUACGGAAAAUUCUCCUACUCUCGCCUUCCAACUUCCACGUGGCUUUGGCCCGAAGUUUGGUGGCUCUGGCCAACAGCGUGGUCGAGGAGAAGGACAGGAUGUUGCGAAUCUGUCUCGCAACGUUGUGCGAAUUGGGGGUAGUUAACACGAGCCUGUUUAUUGAAACUGGGGGCGUGGCCGCCAUUACCAGAAAUUUACUGGAGUGUCAGACCCCAAAAAUAGCGGAGUCUUUGUGUGGCGUCUUGCUACUUUUACUGGAUAAACCAUCGACUAGAAAUCAGGCAGCCGUUGACUUGCACUCAAUCGCCGCCCCCUACUGUGACUUCCACUACCGCCACGGUUGGAAAGACAAGGACAAAUUUGUGGAUGAGCGUGAGCUGCGUUUCAAUUGCAGCCGUUUAGCCCUUUUGUCAAUUCUGCGCAGUUGGCCUGGAAUUUUGCAUUUUUGUGGGCCGUCCAACAAGGCGGGGCUUAGGGCGGUCGUUGAGGUGUUGUAUUUGAACCAAUUGGAAGUUAGGAAAGCAGUUUUGGACCUAUUGUACGAACUACUCGGCUUGCCUCAGCCCGAGUGGACCGACGAGCUGUCCGUGGCGCUGAGCGCUGUGGACCCUUGCGAGCCCCAAUCUUCCUGGAGACUGAACGAAGGCUUUGUCGUCGCCGAAGGCCGCUCGAUUCUACCUCACUUAGCCAAAACCACGCCCAGUAUAAGCGAUAUGCACUUGUCCCUCCUGCUGUACUGUUUUCUCGAAUGCGGUCUCUUGGGCGCGAUUGUUGAAGUGAUCGCGACUAGUGAUACGUUUAUAAGCGUUCGAGCGACGGUGCUGCUGGGCGAGCUUUUACGCUUAAUUCAAGUUCUUCUUCCGCCAGAGUGUUGUAAUAUCUCGCCGGCUCUUCCAACACUUUUGGAAUACGCAACGUGUGGGAAACCGCAAGCUGUUAAGGCUGUCAAUGGGCUUCAACAGUUGCAAAAGUUGUUGAGGGCCAGGCCGGCGUCCUAUAGUCUUCACUUGGAUUUUAUUCUGAGAAGUGGCGGCAAUGUCAAGUUUUCGAGUAAAAACAGCAAGAAGAGCCGACACAAAUUGAAGACGUUGAAGUUUAAGUUACAGCAGCUUGUGGGGAAAGACGGAGACGACGUGAUAAAAGAAACCGGGGUUUUGGUGAACAAAGACCCAUACACGUGGAACUGGAACCUCAUCAAAAUCGUACUAAAGGGUGAAUCCCUAAAAAUCGACCUUUCGGAGACCUCCCAUCGCAACUUCAUAAAACGCCUCGUCGACUUCUACACCCCUUCGCGCAACCGCUUCUCCCACAUGGACUUGAGCACGCCUAAAGUCAGUAUUGCCUACACCCUGACCGGGAUCGACCUAAUCAACUGUCUCCUGGAGCUCGAAGACGAAGAAAGCAACCGCAUGUUGCUCGACCUGUUGUCGGACAUCUCGGGCAACAUUAAUGCGAUAACGAGCGGCCGCAGCGUCCACGACUGUCUCUUCAGCCCCCAGCACAUGAACAGCACCCAAUGCCAAAGCUACUUCCUCUUCCUCGGCCGUCUCUCCUCCACCGACGUGGGAAUGCAGCUGCUGACCAGCUUACAAAUCUUCAAGCAACUCGAACACUUGGCCACAACCACGAACAACGACUGUUACGUCAAGUUGAUCGUGUCGUCUCUGGACUACAGCAACGCGGGGCCUUGUCGCGACCUAUUGACCGAGGUGUUAAAGUGCGCCGUUGAAAGUUCAAGACUGUACGCCACCCAAUUUCUACUAGUGCUGCUAAGGGCCGGAAUUAACAAUUUCGCCGACUGGGGCGUUCGGUGUCUAGUCAAACAGUUGAAGGAUCCGUCGCGGUCGGUGUUCCUCGCCGCGUUAAACACACUGCAUGAGGCUUGUGAAGUCGAAAGCUGUUUAGAGACUUUAGUUAAGUUAAAUCCGGACUUGGGCCAUUUGGGCGAGAAAGGCUCGUUGUUGGCGCUCAGGUUGUUAUCGAUAACUUCCGGGUUUCAAUUGUUGAACAAGAACGACUUCGUUGUGAACGAAAUUAAACGAUGGGACGAGUAUUUCAUUUAUAGAUACAUUAAACUAGUCGAGGGUGAAACCUCCGAUGCUUUGACUUUACAUCAGAGGGACGAGGACGGGAAAUACGAUAAGAGGACAAGCACGAUAAGGACGACAAAUAGGAAGGAUUUUUUCUUGCCGCCGCAUCUUUACGGACAAUUGGCGCGGCACACUGAUGGCUUUCUCAUUCUAGUGCAGCACGGGUCGCUGGAAAACAUGAUUCAGUUUCUCACGAAUGGCGUUUGUGAGACCGAGGACGAUAUUUUGAAACUGAAAGCCUCAAUAUGGGCUUUGGGCCACUUCGGCAGCACCAGCGAGGGCCUAAGAUACCUAAUUUUGCACAACUGUUUGGCAGCUUUGAUAACCUUGGCACAAGAGUGCUUAGUGUUCUCGAUUCGGGCAACUUCGUAUUACGCCCUCGGUCUAAUCGCAACAACGCGACAAGGCGCCGACGAACUCUUCAAACUGGGUUGGUUUAGCACACGUCAUAACCGACACGUGGCGUGGCCAAUCAUCGAAGAGGAGGCGUGGGACGAGGACGAGGACAGUUUACGACUUCCGAGUAGUUUCCCCGAUAUCACGCCCACUUUGUAUUACUUCGACUCGGGAAUUAAGGACGUAGAGGGCAGCACUGACGACGAUACGUCCGAGUCAAUGUUGCCCGAUUCCACAGUGGCAGGCCCCCAGAAAAGCCUGACUUUGCCGGCCAAUCAGAACCAAGCGGCGGGCUACCACAAGAGGUCGCUGUCCGAGUCGAAAACCUUCGAGAUUAUCCGAGCGCCUCAGGACAGUAAAAAAGGCAGCUUCCGAUUGGGUACCGAGAUUGUGAGGCGCGUUCGGAACAAUUCGACCACGGAAUCGACCACGUCCGGGGUGAGUUCGUGCGAUUCCUUCGGCGGAGGCAAAUCUGUGAUCUACGAACGGCCACAAAUCUUGAGUCCUAUACCAAGUUCCUGUAGUCUCAGUACGUUAAAACAAUCGGCGAAAGUGCGGCGUCAUUCGGAAUCGUCACGGCGUGUCUCAGUUCAAAGCGGGUCUAACUCGGAUCGCUCGCUCCAAUCGCUGGGCGGGGGCGGGUCCAGUAAGCUGAGCCAUCAGGAUCUGGUUGGCUAUGCCACACUUCGUUCCUUACGAAAAUCGCCGAGGUAUUUGGAAGAACCCGCCUACGACUCGGACGAUAUCCGGAGUGAUAGUAGCUGGGAUGUUCCCGUUUCACUAAUCGAAGAUUUCAAUCUUUUAAAUACCACUGGGACAAGUAUUAAGCGGUUUAGUGUCCACGAUCGGAACGAAAGCGAGGAUCGGUGUUACAUGGGCGUGACUUUGCCUCAUGACAUUAAUCAUUUGUUUCUGGAUGUGGACAGUGAGGCACGUGAUGCCUCUUUGGAGAGAUUUCCGAUCAUUGACGACGAGAUUGUCUAUGCAAUGCACGAUUUUAAAGUGCGUGAGGAGACACUGUGGAGGCACGAUGUUGAAACGUGCCUUGUUUGUUCGUGGAAGGGGCCCAAAGACGAGGUUUUUGUCACGACAUCUAGCGACCCUUUGGACUGUAAAUACGACCCAAACAGCCCUGACAACGUUCUCAAGGGCCAGGUUCUGCACCUGAUUGACCUAUUUUCGAACCCCGUUUGGGCCAAACAGGUGAAACAGUCGCUCUUGCAGUACAAGCAAGGCAGUCCUCACGUCUUCCAAGACGCUUGUAUUUACUCAGAAGUGUGCAAAAUGAUUUCGGAAUGUGCGUAUCGUUCGUCACCUCGUCGGAUGCUCCACGAACUCUUCCUCGAAGUGAAAUUCGACGAUCUCUACCUACAAUGCGCCAGGUUUUUGAAAAGUGCCGCUCAGAAUAAUGUCGAUUCUGGUAAGUCAUCGGGGGAUUCGAUCGAUAGUGAGGGGGCGCAGUCGAAUAUAAAAAAAUUAGAUUCGCUAAAACUCGCAUAUAAAGAGAAUAAAUUUCCGAUUCGCAAUCGAAACGAAUCGAAAAUCGUGUAACUUUUGGUUCCUCUAUUUUUCGAAUUGAUACAGGGUGUUCUGUUUCUAGGUUUAAGUUUUUUUGCGUUACGUGUAGUCUGUCGCUUUGUUUUUUUUUGUUGUAUAUAAGGAACGGUUCAUUCCACUCGGGAGAACAACCUGUGUGUAUAUAACUAAUUUAUUUGACUUUUUGUGAUCAAAACAGUGAAAUUACGUGUGAGAAAAAUUCGUUUAUUCGCAUGUGACACAAUUAUCGUUACUUUUUUUACAUACAAAAAAUAUAAAUAAAAAAUAUACACAA